AUGAGAGCUUUGAUCUACCUCGCCAUUUUGCCGAUUUUGGUUUUUAGUCAAAGUCAAAACCCUCCUCCAAGUACAAUUACUUUAAAGGAGACGCAGUAUCUCGCCCACAAGCACCAACCAACGAUCGCACCGUGCAAAUACGGUGUCCAACGAGCAUUCGACCAACCCCAUUUUCUCGUUACCGAAAAAGAGAAAUCUGGAAGAUUCGAAACAAUAGGAAAAUGUUGUGAGAAAUGUGAAAUGAUUCGUACGGUUCUCCCCGGUACCAACACCUAUGGAAUUUUGUGUUGUCUUCCGGACACUCCUUAUAAACAUGGCUUAAUUGCGACCACUUUCGAAAAGGCAAAGGGAAAAAAAGCCCUCACAAAACUCGUCCAUCCCCUCGCCAUCGUAUUCGAUAGCAUCGUGCCGGAAAGUCUGAGUCCCGCCAAAUUCCGUCAACAACAAGGCGCGAAAAAACCGAGAACCGGCACGGGUGCCUAUGGAGCCGCAUUUCUCGGCGCCGCCGCUGCUCAACUUAUAAUUCUGGUUCUGACCGUCGUCUUCUGGCAUCUGACGAAACAACGAAUUCAGUUGGAGACCGUGGCCGACGCGGAUUAUACUAUUGAGGAGGAGGUGAAGGUGUUCAAUCCGUCGAAGAGUGCAAUCAUGUCGGAUAACAUGAAUUCCGAUUUGAUGUCCAUGUCGCAAGCGAUGGCUUGA